AUGGCAAUUGAUUUAAUCAACAUCAAAGAACGAGAAUCAGAGGAUGACACCCAGUUUGUCCACGCAGAAAGACAAGACAUUCAAAUAAACAACCAGAGAAUCGUCGUCAACGUCAGUGGCCUCCGAUUCGAAACAUACAUCAAGACACUCGAAACCUUCCCAAACACGCUCUUGGGCAGUUCCAACACAAGAAUGAAAUUUUACGACGAGGAAAAGAACGAACUGUUUUUCAAUCGUUCUCGGUCGUGUUUCGAACACAUAUUGUACUACUACCAGAGCGGGGGGACCAUUCGGUACCCUCCAAAUAUUCCCAUCGAAAUAUUUAUCGAAGAAAUUGAGUUUUUCUGUCUCAAUCCGGAACUUAUUUCUCAGAUCCGCAAAGAAAACCUGUCCAAACCGAAGGAAAAGGACGUCCUGCCAGAAAAACUGCUUAGGAAGAGGCUGUGGUUGAUCAUUGAAUAUCCGGAAAGCUCACUCGGAGCAAGGAUUUUUGCUGCCUGGUCGAUUUGUGUGAUCAUGGUGUCCAUUACUAUGUUCUGCAUUGAGACCCUCCCGCAAUAUUCCGUGACGACCAUAACGACCAACAGCAACAACGUGACCACCAAGAAUCACUACAUCAAGCAAGAGUAUGAGAAAUCAUUCUUCGCCAUUGAGACGGCCUGCAUUGUGUGGUUUUCCUUUGAACUCGUGGCACGGUUCAUUCUCUCACCCCAAAAGUGUCAUUUUGCCAAGAAUUUGCUGAACGUGAUCGAUUUACUUUCCAUCACUCCAUACUUUAUUACUCUGGCAACUAAAGAAUUCUACAACAAUGAGGCGAGCAGUAUUGAAGUGAUCAGAGUCAUUCGACUAGUCAGAGUCUUUCGAAUUUUCAAGUUGUCGAGACAUUCAAAGGGUCUCCAAAUCCUGGGCAAGACCCUCAAAACUUCUCUCAGAGAAAUGGUAAUGCUCGGCUUUUUUCUGUGCGUCAUUGUUGUCCUCUUCUCCAGUGCAGUCUACUUUGCCGAAUUCCACCUUUCGGACACGCAGUUCAACAGCAUUCCCGACGCCUUUUGGUGGGCAGUCGUAACUAUCACCACCGUCGGGUAUGGGGAUAUUCGGCCCAUCGGUCUGUGGGGUAAGAUUGUCGGGGCGUUGUGUGCAGUCGCAGGGGUCCUGACCAUUGCCUUGCCCGUGCCUGUCAUUGUCUCCAAUUUCAACCACUUCUAUCAACUCGAGACCGAAAAAAAGAAAAUCCUCCGAAAUGAUACAGAAGCUGGUAAUGAACACAAAUCUCACAUCUCGGCCAAGUCGAAAGUUAGUCCUUCAAAUGAAUCAAAAAUAUAA